GAGUGCUUCAUUUCAUUAGGCAAUUGCCUCUCUUUCUUUGCUCUUAAGAGUUCAACUAUGGCAGAAACGUUUUUGGCCCCUAUUGCAUCAGUGGUUCUGGAGAAAAUAGUCCGCGCCAUCGCUAACAAAGCUUACACGGCCUUCCUUGUCGACCGAGAUUUGAAGAAGCUCAAGGAGACCCUGAGCCGCAUUCAAGCCGUGCUUUUCGAUGCCGAGCGGCAGCAGCACCAGAACGAAAACCUGCGCCUCUGUAUGUGGAAGCUCAGAGACAUCUUUUAUGAUGCCGAGGAUGUUAUCGAUGAUUUCAAGUGUGAGGCUGUCCGCAAACAGGUAUCCAAUCAUUCCAACCUCGGCUUCCGGCGUAAAUUUUCUACUGGACGCUUGCACGGUACAUUCUCUCUGACAAUGAAUCAUAAAAUCAAAGAGAUCAAUCGGAGGCUAAGCGAACUUGCCGCCGAGUGGGACAGCUUUGGUCUAAGAGAGUGUAGCAACGACAACCGGCGUGUUUUUCAGAGAGACACUCACUCUUUUGUGAACUCUUGGGAUGUCAUUGGCAGAGAAGAUGAUAAAAGGAAAAUUAUUGAUCUUUUGAUGAGAUCAAGUGACCCUGUCAUCCCCAUUGUUGGAUUGGGCGGUCUAGGUAAAACCACGGUCGCUCAAUUGGUGUACAAUUAUCGUGAAGUUACUCGUCUUUUCCAACAGAAGCUCUGGGUCUGCGUUCCAAAGGAAUUUGAUCUUCCAAGUAUGCUCAAGCUGAUGAUUCACUCUAUUAACAGAGAAGAAAACUGUGAUAAUUCGGGGCUUGAUGCAUUGCAGAACUGUUUACGAAGUCUUUUGAAGGACAAGGAGUUUCUGCUCGUUCUAGACGAUGUCUGGAACGAUAAUCAAGAAAGAUGGGCCGACUUCAUAGAUAUAUUGAGCUCAAUGGGUGGCUGGUUCAAAAGCAAGAUCAUUGUGACCACUCGAAGUUUGACGGUUGCCUCGAUAAUAAGUCCGAUUCGCCCUAUUGAACUGGAAGGUCUCCCCCAUGAAGAUUGCUUGAGAUUGUUUAAGAAACGGGCUUUCAAAGAUGGUGAUGAGAGACGACAUCCAAAUCUCAUGAGAAUUGGGGAUGACAUUGUGAAAAGAUGCAAAGGAGUUCCUUUGGCUGUGAGAACAUUGGGAAGCCUAUUAUAUAGGAAAACAGAUGAAUCUUAUUGGAUCUCUGUAAGAGACAGUGAAAUGUGGAGACUCGAGCAAAGCGAUAAUAGUAUUUUACCGGUGUUGAAGUUGAGUUACGAUCAUUUACCGUCUCGUUUGCAACGAUGUUUCGCUUUUUUGGCAUUGUACAAAAAGGAUGAGAUUUACCGUAGCCAUGAAGUCAUCCAACUUUGGAUGGCAAAUGGACUGCUUGAGCAUCCAAGGGAAAACCAAGAGUGGGAAGCUGUUGGCGAUCGGUAUUUGUAUGAAUUACUGUCAAGGUGCCUCAUCGAGAAGGAGAAGGAUUACGGCACUUAUUUUGCCUUCAGAAUGCACGACCUGGUCCAUGAUCUUGCAUUGGAAGUGUCCCAAAAAGAGUGUAAAACGGUGAGUAACCGAACAACCGCCGAUGAAAAUGUUCGACAUUUAUCAUUUUCUGAUGACAAGCUAGAAAUAGUUCCACACUACUUGCAGAAACUGAGAAACGUUAGAACAGUGAUCAUCCAGGGGGUUUCGAAGCAAUCAAAUACCAUUGAGGAAUCACUAAUAAAUCUCUGUGUCUCCAAUUUCGAGCACCUGCGAGUACUUCGUCUACGAUCUCAAGCAUCAUUGACUGGUUUACAUAAGGACAUUGGUAAAUUGAAGCACUUAAGAGACCUCGACUUGGCCGGCUGUCGCAGCAUAACGGAACUCCCGAGAUCCUUCUACGAGCUCCGGUUGUUGCAAAAGCUAAGAAUGUCGGGAAUUCCUUUGAAACAACUACCCAAAAGCAUGAAAUGCUUGAUUGAGUUGAGAUAUCUGGAAAUAACUAUCAAAGCUAAGCAUUUGACAGAGAUUCAACAAGGAUGUUGGCCUUGUCUUCAACACUUGGGCUUGAUUGACUGCGACAAUUUAGAAUGUUUACCUGAAGGACUGAAGCAUCUUACAUCACUCGGAACACUUGAUCUCUUGGGUUGUUCUAAUCUUGUCUCAUUGCCAAGGAGCAUGAAAUUUCUAACCAGAUUACAAGUCCUCAGUAUAUCUUCAUGCAAAAGAAUCAAUUUACUAAUGGAACCAGAAGAGGGAGAUGUCAACCUUCAGUUGAGCCUCAAAACUUUGUCACUCUGGGAUUUGGAAGAGUUGAAAGAUUUGCCAGAAUUGCUUCUCAAAGGAUCUUCUUCGACUUUGCGGCGAAUACGAAUCGAAAGUUGCAACAACAUCGAAGCACUACCAGUGUGGCUGAAAGAUCUCACUUCACUUCAUGAACUUGAGAUUCUUGAUUGCCCAAAAAUGCCUACUCUACCGGAGGAAAUGGACUGGACUGGACUGGACUGGACUCGUUAAGCAUCUACAAGGGUAAAAAACUGCUCACAUCCAAAAAUUGAUAUCAAAUCAAAUACAAUUUGAGGUAUGUAGUAAAAUUGUAAAUUCUCUGUAUUUUAUUUCAUAGCCUUUUCUUCACUUGGGUUAAUCAACAAAAGCUUAA